AUGACGAGCCAAGAAACAAGAGCAACAUGGUCCUCAAGAGAACAUACACAACCAAUGCAAUCGACUGGGUCGAUGUAUACUCGUCAUCAUUCAACAUUAUCUACUCCACGACAUACUGGAACACAGCCAAGAAACUCGUAUAUGCCAACCAGAAGCACUCCACAUCAGACGUCUACUCACUAUCCACGCAAGAGGACUGAAGCGAAGCGCUACGUCAUCGAAGACUUUCGUCAAGCAUUCGAACGGAAGGGAAUGGAUUUGGAUACAACUAAAAAGUUGGGUCGUGGAAAAUACAGUAAGGUGUACAAAGCUGUGGAUAAAAACAACAACCGACUUGUAGCCGUCAAAGCGAUCGAUGUGUUGGAAUUGACUUCUGAUGUCAAAAACAAAUUUUUGCCACGUGAGAUCAGUUGCUGGCGUAAACUAAAGAAUCAGUUUCUCGUGGGUCUUCACGCCCAAUACGAAGCACAAAAUAUGAUCUUUUUGACGAUGGAAUAUGGGAGUCAAGGAGAUUUGUUGCGUUACGUCCAAGACAAAGGAGGAAUCCAAGAACGCAAGGCAGGUCUAUUCAUGUCUCAAUUGAUGCGUGGAUUGCAAUACAUGCACUCGAAACAAAUCGCUCAUCGUGACAUCAAACUCGAAAAUAUUAUUCUUUUUGACAACUGCGUCAAGUUGUCUGAUUUUGGAUUCGUUCGUCAAGUUGAACAAAACACAAUGUCACUGACUUUCUGUGGUUCCAAAUCCUACUCGGCACCUGAAUUGCUUCGUGGAAUCGGUUACAAUCCGUUCCUCUCAGAUGUCUGGUCACUCGGAGUUGUUGGAUUCGUGAUGGUGACUAAUCGGAUGCCAUUUGAUGAGAAGAAACCGAAUAACGUGAUUGUCGAAUUGCAAAGGACUCGUCAAUACGUGAUACCUCAAACUGUUCAUCUCACUGUUUCGUGCAUUUCAUCAUUCGAAGCAAUGAUGACAUUUGAUGCAAAAGAACGACCAUCGUCAAAUGAAUGUCUUGCUCUGCCAUGGAUCAUUCCACAUAUUGAAAUGGUUGAUCGCCGUUCUGGGUAA